UAGACGUAAUUUGUUCAGUUUAUUGUCUAUUGGCAUACCAAGUGAAUUCGAUACACUCAACUUGUUUGUUCCAACAAGUCUGUCAAUGUGGAUGCAGUGCAUCAAAGAGGUUUGGUUUCGCUCCUUUACAGAGGUCUGUUGCUUGAGUGCAGAGCUUUUGUCAGGAUAAAGACAAUGGAUGCCUAUGAAUGAUUCAUUUACACAUGUGUAAUCCAACAAGAGUCAAAUAUAAGUUUUGCAUUAUUUCGUCUUGUCUAAUUGAUCACAUGGUACCAGGGUAAACCUUUUUUUUACAAAUGCAGCAAAUGACGAAUACCAAACUAGUUCAUUUAAGCAAUGGAAAGGCCUUCGCGAUCAGAUCAGCUAAACACUCGUAAUUACAUGGGUAUAAUGAUAAUUAUUUCUUUCUGACUAAUAACGCGAACAAUGGAGAAUUUUAAAAUUGUUAAAAAAGAAUUCAACACAAAGGCUAUUGCUGGCAAUAAUAGGAGAAGAAAAUGUGACACUGUAGGGAGAGAUAACAUUGAAAUGGUUCUGUUGACACCACCGGCAAGAGAAAACACACAAACAGAUAUCUUCACUGGCAGAAGUAACACGUCGACGGAUGGCAAUAUUGAGAGUGUUAUAAACGAGGUGAACUAUCACACAGGCGAACCGUUCUUGCUGAAUGUCGACAUUUUCAAGAAGCGCGAGAUCAAGCCUGGAGUUGGGAUUGCAUUUCAUACUCCUGGGAAGUCGUUCGGUGAUUGUGCUUCAGCCGAGGGCCUGUUAGCACUACAUGACGAUCCUGAGAUAUCGGAGGACUUGCAGGUUGAACGGGAAAUGGAGCGGCUGCUGAUGGGCGGCUCCACGGAGCCCUUGGACAGCGAGGAGGAGGUAGCGGUUGACGAGCAGCUCCGGUGCCUAGAAGUCGCUAGGUCGGAAGUGGACGACCGAUUCUCCCGUGCCAGUAGGGACACGUUUACCACCACACUUAGGACGGGGCUUUCAACGCGAACUAUACCGGAACUUAACCUUUCCUGGGAUAGUACGGCCGUUAGCUCUACUUCGCGCUCCGGAGUAUUGUCAGCCUACACGAAUCAGUAUCUUCACAACACCGCCUCCAUAUUUGGGUCAACGGGCGGUCAAAAGAAGACGCGACAGGGACAAAGGAGGCGGGCAAUGUUGGGCGUAAGGUGGGACAGUCGGAUAGAGGACGGUGGAGGCAUAAGGAAGCUCUUUAGCUUUGAAUGUUCGACGAGGAAACCAGACACUGGCUUGAGCGACCGAUGUUUUGAAUCAUCAAGAAACGCGUCUCGGCUUGCGUUGGAGUCCCGAGAGGCGAUGUUCCGGCGGGCAAUGUCGCUGCUGUCCGCCAGGUGCGCGUCCGUGCGGCACGAGGCGGGUGACGGGGAGCCGGCGCUGCUCGCUGGCCAGCCGCCCAAGUACUUUUUCGUCACCCAGGAUAAGCCUGUACCCAUGGAGCCACUCAAGGCCUGGCGCGGUUAUAACGGAAAUAUAUACUUUGAGCCUAUCAACAUCAAUCCCCUGAAGGUCGACAUGGACGAGACCCGUGCAAAGACGUCCCUGCCUCGCACCACUGAACAUCCACGUGCACAAACUUCCGGCCCGCGGUUUCGCCCCGUCAUGGGCAAGGAAAACAGGUCACAGGACAGCCGCAGCGAGUCGAGACUGACCAACAAGAGCUCUGAUGGAAGCAGGCGGGCUUCCAUGCGGCCUCUGGCGUUCUUAGACAAGCAGUCUGUUUUUAACCAGUUCAACGAAAGCAUCCAAGAAGACCUCGUGUUGUUGGAGGGCCAGGAGAGCACGGGCAGCCUGGCGGUGCGGCCGCGGACGUACCCGGACCGCUACAGCAAGGAUAAGGAGCGCGACAUGCAGUACAACAAGGAAAGAAUCAGGAAGGGUUCCGUGGCUCAUAAACUGUAUGUGGAAAACAAAUCCAAACAGAAGCCCAAGCUAACAGUAAGUGGCGGGAAAUUCACACCGCCUAAUUCGCUUUCGCCAUUGUUACGGACACAGACUCAGUAUUCUCUGAGCAAUCAAAGACUGACAACAAAUAGCCCUGAUCCGUACCACCUGAACGAGUCCAAGUUACCUCCUCUGGACCAGAUACGGGCCAGCAUUAAGCACAUGGACAGUCAGUCGGGCGGCAAGGGCCGGCCUUACAACCGACCGGUCACUAUGACCGACGACAUGAAACCGUUUGUGAAGUACAGCCAUGACGUGAAGACCAAGUUCGCCCAGCAGGCCAACAUCUGCUGAUAGCAUACUAGAACGUCGUGUAGUAUGUGUUUUCUAUAGUUGUGCACGCUGACUCAAUAAGGCAUCAUACUCGGGAGGAUGUUUAAAGCGCGAAGUGUUUACAUUUAACUGUGAUAAAGUUGUAAUAUGUUCGUGGCUUAUAACUAGUAGAAUUUACUUAUCAAUUGUCUAGUCGGGCUGUGUUUUACUUGUUUUCAAAGUGUUGGUCAGUGUCCUAGUAUGAAUUAAUAUAGCCUUUGAUAUAAAACUGACGCAUUUACAAUUCCAUGUGAUGAAGCAUUAGCUGAUAGGUGAUAUUCGUCAGGGUGCCAAAGUCUGCUGUUGUAUUUAGAUUUUGCUAGACAAAUACUCCCAAUAUAUAAGAUAUAUAUAUUUUAUGUACACGUGUUCUUUUGUUGACUUACUAUGUACGUUCAUAAAUAUUUAUCUUUAAAAAAGGA